UUUUUUCUCUCGUUUUUGUUUCUGCAUGUGAGUCGUGUAUAAUUGGAUUUUUAAGUGGAUUUUAAUUAAUUACGACCGAUUUUACACCGAAUUGAAAUGUUUGUUCUGAAAAGCAAUAUUUCCUCCGAAUUCUAUGGAAAUUCUUACUUGGAUUUUAGCCAUGUUUUGGUUGAUGUUUAGACCGUAGAAAAUUGUAAACAUGCCUACUUUUAGGCAGAAAAAUGCCGUUAAGAGCUUUAAGUCACGGAUAUUAAGUAAAUUUAAAGAUGUAAAGCAGGAAACUGAUGUUGUUUCGACAUGUCUAGCAACUUGUCUUGCCCAGUAUGAAAAACGAGUUUCAGAGGUUUUAAAAAUUGAUGAUGAAGAAUUUUAUCCCUUGUAUCAAAAAUUAAAUCAAGAUUUAGAGUCCUUUCAUGAUAAAAUAAUUCUUUUACAAGCAUCACUUGAUGUUGGUAGUGAAAAUGAAUCAGAUGCCGAAAGUGAGGAACAUUUUCAAGAUUCACUACUUGAAUUGGGUGCUACAGCUAAAUCCUUGGAACCGCAACAAUAUUCCUGUACAUCGCAGCAAAGUUCUCAAAGUAUGGCGAAAACUAACUUAUCCAAAUAUAUUAGUGAGCCUUCUUCGUCUGUGUUGUCUUCUAUUGGACGUGAAAAUGUGUUUCAGCCUGCAAAUAUCCUAAAAGAUAAUGUAGAUUUGAACAAUAUCGUUAAAACUAACUUAUCCAAAGAUAUUAAUGAGCCUUCUUCAUCAGUGUCAUCUCCUAAUGGACGUGAAAAUGUGUUUCAGCCUGCAAAUAUCCUAAAAGAUAAUGUAGAUUUGAACAAUAUUGCAUUUGAUGCAAGUGAUACAUAUGGGAAUAGUCACUCAUCAGAAGGAAAAUGUGCACAGCCAAAUGUAGAAGGAAACAUCCAUCCUGCUAAAAACGGCUAUAUUGCAGAAAAAACUCAUGCGUGCACUUACAAAAAAGAAACAUGCAGCCCUGCUUUUAGUGUAGAAAAAGUAGAAUCUGAAGUUUCUUUGAGUUCAUGCUACCGUUCACUAUCGUCAAAUGUUAGUGAUUUUGAUCAAAGUCGAGCAGCUGGUGUUGUGAGUAACAAUAUUAUGUGUUCUGGAAGCAGUCAGAGUACUUAUUAUUCUGGAGAAAAAUAUGAAGUUACGAAUGCUUCAUCAAGUACUUUCUCUUUACCAUUGUUACCAUCAAAACCGAUGCCUUUAUCAAGCAGAAUCUUCGUGACUCUUACAUGCAUAAACAGCCCUAGUGACUUCUGGGUGCAAAUUGAAAACACACGUGACUGUGUUAAGUACCCAAUCUGUGAACAUAUUAAUAAAAUUCAUCCUAUGGAUGUGAAGGAAGGAUUUUUAUAUCUUGCUCCAUUCAAGACAACUUCAUAUUACUACAGAGUUCAAGCUUUAAGUCGUGGUUGUAAAGGUGAGGAUAAAGUGAAAGUAUUUUAUGUGGAUCACGGAUCAACUCAUGAAGUUCUGUUAAAAGAUAUUCGUCAGUUACCUUGGAUGGCUUAUGAUGUUCCGGUUCAAGCUUAUCAUUGCUAUCUUUUUGGUACUUUGCCGAUUGAUGCCGAAUGGUCAAGUGAAGCCAUCAGUAGAUUCAAGGAAUUUCAAAACUAUUGCAUUGAAGCUAUCGUCAAAGCUGGAGAAAACAACAAAUAUGGUGUACAGCUUUUUGCUAGAGCAUCCGCUGAAUUCAGUGAGGAUUUCUCCAGUGAUAUUGGUCUUGUGCUGCAGCUUGAAGAUUUAGCUGUGGGUUCAGAGGGAAGUUAUGCCAUUGAUGAAAGCAGUCCUGAAGAUUUCCAAGCAAUAGCAUUUAAUCCAGAAGUCUAUGAUGGCAUUCAAUUGCCCCCCAAAAAUGAAAAUUCGUACAUCAAUGAAAAUAAAAAAAGCUGUGAUUCUGGAGUUAGUGUGUCAUCUACCUACAAAUCUCACUGUUUUAGUUCAGAAAGUAGUUUUAAUAACUUUUCGGAUGCUUGUUCAAAUUUUGAUAGUAAUAUGCUAAAACAGAAUGAAAAAUCUGUAAAUAUGAGAGACUUAUGUUCUGAGAUGAAAAGUGAUACAUCUGUAAAAUAUGAAGAGGAACAAAGUAAUCUAAUUUCAUUUGAAAGUAUUGAAGAGGUUGAGUGUUGUACAGCCAAAUUAGAACCAUUCUGUGAUGUGAAAUGUGAUAUGAACAUACUCGAUUCUGUGAAAUUGAAUAAUGAGUUUAUACUAAGUUUAAAAAUAGAAUCCCCUGUGGUGACUUUCGUGAAGAAAAACUCUAUGCUUGUUAUGGUUUCUUUUAUCCAUUCUCCUAGUGAUUUUUAUGUAAAUUUGGCAAUGGAAACCAGUGAUAAAUUAGAUGAGCUUCGUGAACAAAUGGCUGCCCUCUAUGAAUCGAUUCCUGCAUCCAGAAUCGGCAUCACCAUCGAUGGCAUUUCAGAAAAUAUGUUUUGCGCUAGUCGCUAUGAAGAUGAAUUCUGGUAUCGUGCAAAAGUUCUUCAGGUUCAUAAAAAGAGUAAAAGGGUUACAAUUCAGUUUGUGGAUUAUGGCAAUAGAGCAACAGUAGAUUGUUGUGAUUUAAGACCUUUAACCCCUCACUUUGCAAGUCAUCCUGCAUUUGCAAUUCAUUGCUGCUUAACUGGAAUUGCUCCUCUAAAUCAGAAAAAAUCAGAUAUUUCAUCGUAUGUCUGGAACAAACAUGCUAUUAAUGAAUUCAAAAAUUUGGUUACUUUUGAAAGACCUCUCACAGCCGAGGUGUUCGAAAAGGUUCAUCAUGGAGAUAGUUCACCAUUGCAAGUUCUACUGUGGGAUACAACAAAUUCAGAUGAUGUUUUAAUUAAUUCUCUAAUGAUUGAUAAAGGAUUGGCUGAUAUUGAUAGCAAUGUUCUGAAAGAAUACUCAAAGAAAGAUGAAAGGCAGAAUCUAAAUGAAAUAGAGGUUUUAAAUAUGUGGGAUCCAAUGUCUGAACAGUACAAUGAUAUUGAAAACAGCUAUGGAGUUGAUUUUGAUGAUAUUCAAGUUGUAACAACAGGCUAUAGUGCAAAAGAUGAGGCUUAUACCUGUAAAUACUACUCUUUGCGUGGCUUUUGUCCCCGUGCAGAUUGCCCAUAUCUACAUGCCAGUAUAACCGAGUCAGGUGUUACCAGAGAUCAAGAGGAAGUAUAUUCUUUUGAUACAAUGCCUUUUCUACCUGAAACUGAAAAGCAUAUUUUAAUAGAGGUGCUAGUGGUCAAGAGCCCUGGAAAUUUCUAUGUUGUGCUGCCCUUUGGAAAUAAAACAGUUGAAGAAAUUGACCAUUAUAUUUUAAAUGGUGGAUCGUAUGCAGAAAUUACUGAUACAGAAACUAGAGCUCUUAACGUAGCUAUGAGCAAUCAUUACUCAUCAGUUCCCUUUGAUGAAAACACAACUGUGGCAUUGGCUUGUGGUAACAUUGUGGCUGCUAUAAGUAAAUUAGACAACCAAUGGCAUAGAGGGAGAAUUGUAGAUGUAGAUGAUGUGUCUAAGCCUGCAAAGGUUUUCUUCGUAGACUAUGGCAAUGAAGAAUUGGUUGACCGAAAAUCAAUCCGAAAAAUUAUGCCUCAAUUUCUGCAUACUCCUUUUCAAGCAAUACAGUGUUGCUUAUCAGAUGUAGAACCUAAAGAUUUUGACAAGGGCAAGUCAUGGAGUAACCGUGCAAUAGAUGUUUUUGAAAACUUGGUCUCUGGGUGUCUGUUGCUUGCUGAAAUAACAUACAGAUGUGGAAAUGUUCUUCAUGUAACAUUACAGAGAACCAUGAAGCAUGAUCAUCGAAGUAUUAGCAAAAUUUUAGUAAUGGAAGAUCAUGCACAAUAUGUUUCUAAAAUUCCUGUAAAGAAAAAAGAAUCAAAGUAUGUGCCUGGCUAAAUCUUGCAAGCACUACAAUCUUUUAGAUCUGUGUAUAUAAGAAAGUGCCUGUCAUUUGUUUUAAUUUGCAUAGAACAGACACCUUCCAAAUUUGGUGGUUUGCAAUACUUUUAACUUAUUGUUACAUUUAAGUGCCUAUUUAUUUUGUUAUGAAAAAAAAAUACACAUAAAAUUUGUUUGACAUGAAAUUUGUUUUUCAAUAAAGUUAUUUA